AUGACUGUGUCUCAGCGGCUGCUUGGGGCUCGGGUCUCAUGUCUGGGGGCAGUGCUGGGCUUCCUUUGCUUCUCAACGGUGCUGAAGGCAGCCCCUGAGUUCUCAGGUUACCUUCAAAAGGUGCUGAAGAACCACACAGCCCACGCCUGUGAUGGGGAGCAACUGGGAGUCAUUUGUCCCCACAAGACCUCCAUUAGCAUCCUAUCUGCAUUUUAUGGGCGUCGAGUGCCCAGCCAGAACCUCUGCCCGAGUACUGGCAAUAUCUCUGGUGAGAGCAUCAUGUGUGUAUCUGCCACAGCCCGCCAGAAACUUCUGGAUGAAUGCCAGGACCAGCGCUGGUGCCAGUUCUCUGUGCAUAGUCCAGUGUUUGGGCCCGACCCGUGUCCCGGGACACACAAGUACCUGAUAGUUUCAUACAAGUGCAGACCAGCUAACCACCGCAUUAAGACCGUGUGUGAGAAUGACAAGCUGAGGCUGCAGUGCAGGGCUAAAUCUGUCCUAGCAAUUUACUCCGCAAGCUAUGGCAGAUCCAUGCGGGGCAAACCAGAGUGUGACUCUGCGAACAGGACUGGACUCAAUGUAGAGUGCUUAGCUCCUGAUGCCUUGAGGAGAGUCUCUCGGAAGUGUCACAGGAAGGAGAACUGCACCAUCUUGGCUAACAAGGCCACCUUUGGUGACCCCUGCUUCCCUGGCGUGAAGAAACAGCUGAGGGUCUCCUAUACAUGUGUGCCAAGGCAGCUGUUUGAGGAGGUGGGCCAGGAUUCCCCAGACCCCUUCUCGCUCUCCGACUACACACAUGGUGUCCCCGAGAAGGUGGGCCUCUAUUUUCUGUGUGGGGUCUCCGGAGGCCUGGUGUUCCUGCUUUGUAUCUUCAGCCCCAAAAUGGCCUUCAUACAGGACAUGAAGGAGGUCUUAAAAGACUCAAAACUGGGGAGCAGCUCAGAGCUAAGCCGGACCAAGUUACGGGAUGACCACGACGAGGACAACCACAACGACGACAGCUCCUCAGACUCCUCAUUCCGCCACCUCACCCGCACCUACCGUGCAUCCAACAACAUCUUCAGCCCGGAGCUGACCGCAGCCCUGGAGGGUGCUGCUGAGCAUAGGGCCCAAGAGGGAGAGGAGAUCUGGAUGCUCAAAGAUUCCAGCCCCUACGCUAUUCACAAACUCAAAUCUGCUACCAAAUGAGAAUGAGGAGCAGGGGCCACUGGCAGGGCAAUGAGCCAGCUCCACAUCAGCAAGCAGCUCUUCCUAGUUACAGAUCCAAAUAAUGGAGUGGGAACAGGGUGGGAAGGGAGACAAUUUUCAUCUCCGGGGACCCAAACUCAUAACAGGCUUAGGUCACGUGCAACGAGUAUGUUGAUAACAGUCUGAUCCCUGAUAGAGAUUUAUCAUGACUCAAACAAAGCUAGGCAAACUAAUAUACAUUCUGUGAACGCCAUGUAAUAACUUUCCUGCUAUAGAAACCAUAGAUUCCAUAAUCAGUAUUUAUAUCACACACAACAAAAGCACAUUUGUUACAAUUGGCAGUCUCUGCUCAAGAGGCGAGCUGGUUGGAGAAAUGUAGACAUAAUCAUAUUCCAUCAGAAUAUACAGUUCUGUUGAAAGCAAAACGUUUAGCAAAAUUGGGUUGAAUUCUGCCUGAACUUUGUUUAGGAAGAAAUGCAUGGGGGAAAAGGGAUUCCAACAAUGUUGAAAUGACCCGUACCAACAUUUUCAGAAUGAAACUUUUUUGAUUUUUUUUUUUUUGUUUUGAAACAACUUUUAGUUUAAAAUUUUUUGCAUUUUGUAGUAAAAUAUAUUUAUAAUACAAAAUGAAAAAAGUCAAAAUUGAAACAAUACAUUUCGGAUGACCCCAAACAAAAUAUUUUUUGGAAUGUUCCUUUGCACUUGAGAUCUUCAGUUUAGGAAAAACACAUAUUUUGAAAUCUCAAAAUCCUUCUGUCCUCCCUGAGAUCCUGGUCUAAAACAGCAGGGAGAGCUGCAGGGCAGGAUUGAAUGGGAUUGUCUGUCAUUUCAACUGAAAGUUCUGACUGGGAGUUACCCUGGUUUGGUUACCAAGAAGAAUUCAGAGGUGGAAACCUUGCAUUGUCAUUACAGUUGGGUGUUUGUAAGGUCAGUGAACCGACCAGUUAUGAAAAGCUAUCUCAACAAUAUCAAGCAAGGAAUCAGACUGGUACAUUACGUGGUGUUUUGUCUGAUUUCUUGGGGUACAUCUAUACGGCGGGUAGUGUUUGAUGUAUCGGGGAUCGAUUUAUUGCGUCUUGUCUAGACGUGAUAAAUCAAUCCCCGAAUCGACGCCUGUGCUCCACCUCGGCAGGAGAAGUAAGCGGAGUUGACGGGGGAGCCGUGGCGGUUGACUCGCCACCGUGAGGACGGCCAGGUAAGUCAAACUAAGAUACUUCGACUUCAGCUACGUGAAUAGCGUAGCUGAAGUUGCAUAUCUUAGUUCGAACACCUCCCCACCCCACCAGUGUAGCCCAGGCCUUAGUGAUGUAAUUAAUUUUAGCCAAUUAAUGAUUCAGUUCAUACUGAAUGCUCUGCUUACUCAUGGUUGUGUUGCAGUCAGUUGCUAACACUCAAUUACUCAAUUAAUUUCUUGUCUAUUGGCCUAUUUAUAAGGCCCCUUUAUCCUCCUUUUCACUGAUUCCUGUCUUUUGUUUUUUAUUCCAGUUAUGUCAAUUUACAUUACAAUUCAUGGUCAAUGUUCUUUAAUGAUAUGUGAUAACAUUGUGUGGAUAGAGAGCCAA